UUCACGCCCGUCGGGUGAUAUGACCACUCACGGACGAUACUUGGGUCCCUGCGAGGAGCCGGACUCGACAACAGGUUCUGAUGGUGCCUUGGAAAAUGGAAUCACUCGCAUACACAGAGAUACUGAAGAAGUAGUAUAAUCUCACUGUGGACAGUUCGGGAAAGCUGACAGGUCACCCCGUGCGAUACCUAGCCUGCCGGACAGAGUGUCUGGGGCAGAAGGGCCGAGGUAGAUCGGGAUCUCUGGGCCGGCGUCUUUGGGUGAGCUUACAUGGCGGCCCGGCCGGCCUGCUCUAGAUGCGACUGUUUCCAAGGGUCACUAGUAAGCCCAUUGGAAAUUCCAAUUACUUGCUGACAUCACACACGCAUAAGUGGGCGGUGAAAAUGAGCAACUGGCUAGCCUCAUGUGAGCGACUGAGUGCUUCCUGGUCGUAUCGUCAUGGCUUCUAGUACCGAGUUUCUAGAUGGAUAAGAUUGCAGGAUUCUUUUUGGUGUAUAAGUAUCGGAAGCAAUUCUCUUCUUCUCCAUCCAAAGAAACCCUACUUGUCAGAGACAAUACAGCCACGCCACAAUUAACCUUACUUACUUAUACGCCGCCACGACAGAACAUACAACCAACAGCCACACAAUAGAACACGAUGGUGAAGUUCAUAUACUCCACUCUCCCGCUGGCUUUCGCGGCCCUCGCGGCAGCACGAGUGUGCCAGAACCUCACAGUGGAGGUCUCGAUCACGGCGAGGAACGGCGUCUUCAACAUCUCGGCCCCCGAGACCAACAUCGACAUCACAAACAUCCUGAUCGGUCUCUCGACACAGGGGACCAACUUUACAGCUGAUCAUCUCGUAGAUUACGCGGACGUUGGCGGCACCUACCAGCUUGCGUCGACGUACUGCCAUCCGGACUCGGGUUCCAGCCGCGUGCUUCAAAUCCUCACGCAUGGCAUCGGGUUUGACCGCAGCUACUGGGACUUCCCAACUAACGGCUACAACUACAGCUACGUGGGCCCUGCCGUCGAUCACUACGGCUACUCAACCUUCUCCUGGGACCGCCUUGGCAUCGCCGAGUCGACGCGCGGCGACGGCGUGAGCGAGAUCCAGGCCUGGCUUGAGCUUGCCGCGCUCAAGGCGCUGACGGACAAGCUGCGUGCCGGCGACGUCCCUGGUGUUGAUUGCACGUUCGACAAGAUCGUCCACGUGGGGCACUCGUUCGGGUCGGUGCACUCAUAUGCGCUGGUGGCCGCGUACCCGGACAUCUCAGACGGCGUCGUGCUGACGGGCUUUGCGCCGAACCUGACUUUCUUACCGGACUUCCUGCUGGGCGGCGCCUUCGUCCGGGCCAGCGACGUCCCCGCACUGAGCGAAUACACCGACGGGUACAUGGCGUCCUCUUACGAGGGAGCAGUGCACGUGUGCUUCUUCGCGUCAGGGAACUUCGACCCAGCCAUCCUGACGGCGGCGUACGAGAGCGGCAAGCCGGUGACGGUCGGCGAGCUGCUCACGAUCGGCGGCGAGGCGGGGGCGCCCAGUGCCUUCGCGAAGCCUGUUCUCGUCAUAACCGGUGAGAGAGAUCUUCCCUUCUGCGGGAAUGACUGCCUCGCGACUGGGAACCCCGAGCUGCCCUCGAUCCCUGCGGCGGCUGCCCAGCUCUUCAAGAAUGCAAGCCCCUUUGAGGCCUAUGUCGUUCCUGACGCGGGCCACGGCCUGACUCUCAGCUACUCCCACGUCGAAGUGACCAGCAAGAUCCAAGACUUCCUCGCCCAGAACGGCCUGGCCGAACAAUCUCAAAAUGCGUCGUUUUUGCAGGGUAUUAUUUCCCAGGGCCCUUCGUAAUACCGUGCAGCAGUGGACAAUGCCGGGGAUGGGAGUGGAAGAU